CCACGCACAGCCCCCCGCAGUCCCUUAGGCGCUUUAUGUCAUAGGUACCUAAGGUAUGCGACGUCAGUCAGACUUUGCUGCAUCACUGCAAAAACUACAACAACUGACAACUACACCAACGACGAUACCGAGAACUCGUCAAGAUGUCGCAACAGAUAAACCAGCAGUCGAACCAGAUCCGCCUGACGAACGUGUCGCUGGUGCGGCUGAAGAAGGGCAAGAAGCGGUUCGAGAUCGCGUGCUACAAGAACAAGGUGCUGGAGUGGCGGUCGGGCAUCGAGACGGACCUGGACGAGGUGCUGCAGAUCCCGAACGUGUUCCUCAACGUGUCCAAGGGCCAGACGGCGCCGGCGGCCGAGCUCGCCAAGGCCUUCGGCAAGGACCGCCCCGUCGCCGACAUCAUCCUCGAGAUCCUCGCCCGCGGCGAGCUCCAGGUCGGCGAGCGCGAGCGCGCCGCCCAGCUCGACCGCGUCCACCACGAGGUCCUCGCCAUCGUCGCCGCCAAGCUCGUCGACCCCCGCACCAAGCGCGUCUACACCACCGGCAUGAUCGAGAAGGCCCUCGGCAUGCUCAGCGCCCAGGCCCACCAGCCGCAGCAGCAGCAACCGCCCCCGCCGCCGCGGUCGUCGUCGUCGCCCGAAGCCGAUAAGAACGCCGCCUCCGCCUCUGCCGGCCCCGAUGCCCCGCCCGCCCCCGCCGACGAGCCCGACGCGAGGCCCCGCCCCAAGGAGCACAGCUGGACGGGCGUGGUGGCGACCAAGAGCGCCAAGAGCCAGGCGCUGGACGCGAUGCGGGCGCUGAUCGCGCACCAGCCGAUCCCGGUGGCGCGGGCGCGGAUGCGGCUGCGCGUGACGUGCGCGACGGGCGUGCUGAAGCAGGCGGUGCGGGCGCCCAAGGGCGGCGACGGCGAGCCCAAGGCCGCCUCCGGCACCGUCAAGGACCGCAUCCUCAGCUACGUCGAGCAGGUCGAGGCCCAGGACGUCCUCGGCUCCGAGUGGGAGGUCGUCGGCUUCGUCGAGCCCGGCGCGUUCAAGGGCCUCUCCGACUUCCUCGCCAACGAGACCAAGGGCCAGGGCCGCGUCGAGGUCCUCGACAUGACCGUCACCCACGAAGAUUAGAUCAGGGGAGGACAGGGGGUUUCUUACGUUUCUACGUUUCUGCAUGGGUACUUGGCGGCUUACGACCUUUUUUUUGAUGAUGAUGCGAAUUUGUGUUCGGGUUUUGGGCCUUUCUGCUCUCUUUUUGUGGUACCGAUACGAUCAUGAUACACUUGCAUGGAGUCGGGUACGGCAUGGGAAAACAAAAAACAUAGACGACACUGAUUUACAGAUAGCCACAGUUUGAUCUUACUAGGUAUACGCCGCCGAGUCACAUGGUCAUCGCUUCGUAGCAGCCCUGAUGGCACAAGAGAGUUCUUUGGUCACGAUUGCGUCUCUGUUCAUCUUUUUUUUUUCUUCCAGAGCAUAUCCAUGACCUGCCAUAGCCGACAAGAUGAAAAAAAAAA